GUUAAGAAGAAUGUUGAGGCACUUCUAAAAAGUUUGUUAAAAGAAAAAGACAAGGUUAAAAAAGAAUCCAGCGAUAAGAAUAGGGAAGAUGUGGAUGAAGUCGACUGGAAUAAUUUAGGAUCAGUAGCAGAUGAUAUUGCAGUAAUAGAGAAUC